CGUCACAUGAGCGUGCUAAUGUGAUUGGUUGUUCAGCUUCCGGUAUCCAGCAGCACCCAUACAUACACGUGAAGGUCAGCAAUUCUCGCAAAAGCGGCUCCUUUUUCCUACAUUUACUGGGCUCAGGUUGAAUUUGACGGAAGUAUGGACGGAAAGACAGCGAACGCGGACCCUCAGCUCCAGCAGUUCAUUGAGAUCGAGUCUCAGAAGCAGCGAUUUCAACAGCUGGUGCACCAAAUGACAGAAAUCUGCUGGGAGAACUGCAUGGACAAACCAGGCCCAAAGCUGGACUCCAGGACAGAAACAUGCUUUGUCAACUGUGUGGAGAGAUUCAUCGACACCAGCCAGUUCAUCCUCAACAGACUGGAACAGACCCAGAGGAGUCGAGGAUCUUUCUCCGAGAGCAUGGCGGACUAACAUGAAAGACUCAUGCAAAAGGAAUCCAUGUAUGAAACAAACACAAUUUUUUUUGUUCCAAGUGCCUCAGAUUGACAGCAGUGCCCCUUGAUUUGUUCUCCUGCUAUUCUGAGGCUGCCUGUUUGGAAAGUCAUGUCGACACGGAAGCCAGAGCACGGACCUCACGGCUGUCUCGAGACGUUCCAAGCAGUUAGAAGGCAUCAACUGGAACAUUCAGUUUGCCACACAGGCUAGUUUAAUAUCAUAGAGAUGAGUGAGGAUGCAUGCUUAACUGCUGUACGUUGGAUUGUACAUAGGCAUUAAACACAAGUUCUAAGCCAUCAUUUGUGAAUAUUUAUAAAUAAUACUCAGUUUUACAGUAAGAAAAAUCAUUUCUUUGGUAUAGCCUUUCAUAUAUGCUGAGGUAUUACAUGCAUUUAUCAGAUGAAUUGAUCAAAUGUGGCCAUUAUUGUGAUUGAAGUGGCUUAAGGAUGAUGUAGGAGAUGAAAAGAUGAAAUAAAAUCAAGCAA